UCCAUUUCGAGCAUGAAAUCAAACGCAUUUAUAUAAAGCCUUUCUUUUCUUUUCUUAUACAAACUAUGAGUUAAUUAUAACUUCCAUCGUAACACAUAUCACGCUCAAACUAUUUCUCAUUGAAAUAGGGAAUUUUGUCCGAAAUAUAAUGCUCGUCCACAGCAAACACUUCUAGACACUUAACAAUAGUCGAUCGAGGGUCAAAGAAGAUUAUGUAUACAAGCUCCCCCCUCCCUGAGUUGAUACCUCAUAAAUUACAGAAUAUGCUUCUCAUUGAAUUGCUACAGCUAACAAUUGAACAUGAAACCAAAAGGAGCAUUUUGUAUUUGUCGAAAUGAAACAUGCAAAAUUCACAUGCAGCACAGCCCCAUAACCUGUCCUGUCUUCCUCUCUUCAAUAUUUCUUGCAUGCAUGUGAAACGCCUUCUAACCCCUCCUUAUCUCUUCCAACCCAUAUUGGUUUUACACCAAGAAAAUCCUUCCACUAUCAAUCACAUUGUGUCUAUAUAACAACCUACAAUCUCUCAAAUUCAUAAGUCUUCACAUCAAGAAAAUAUCUACAUUUCCCUGAGUGAUUAUAACUAUAUCUUUCUCAAAGAUGUUCCUCCAAACCUUGUUCAUUUUUUCACUCCUAAUUGCCACCACUCAAGCUUCAGUCCUAGACUUCUGCGUCGCAGACCCUGCAUUGCCUGUUGGCCCUGCAGGCUACCCAUGCAAGAAGGCGGCCGCUGUCACGGUGGACGACUUUGUCUACUAUCUGGGAGCUGCCGGAAACACAUCUAACAUCAUUAAGGCCGCGGUGACCCCGGCGUUCUCGCCCACAUUCCCCGGCGUGAAUGGCCUCGACAUAUCCAUCGGGCGUUUGGAUGUCGCGGUGGGGGGUGUUAUACCGUUCCACACUCACCCUGGAGGAUCAGAAAUCCUGGUGGUGAUUCAGGGCACACUCUGCGCCGGUUUCAUCUCUUCCUUUGAUAACAAAGUCUACUUCAAGACUUUGAACAAAGGUGAUGUGAUGGUUUUCCCGCAAGGGUUGCUGCAUUUCCAGUUCAACUCUGGCAAGAUUCCUUCCAUUGCCUUUGUCAGCUUCAGCAGUGCCAACCCGGGUUUACAGAUCACUGAUUUCGCCUUCUUCAAGAAUGAUUUGCCAACAGAAAUCGUCGCGACAACAACUUUCCUCGAUGUUGCUCAGAUCAAGAAGCUCAAGGGAGUCCUUGGCGGCACAAAUUAAGCUCAGAAGAUUAAUAAUGUCUUCCUCUUUCAACAAAAUUUGAGUCAGUUUAAUUAAUUUGUUUUCAGGAAGAAAAUUAUGAUUUUCAGUCUUCAUUUCUCGUUAAGAAGAAUGUCUGUAAUUGAUUGAUUCAAGUGUAGUGUUUUUGUUUUUUUUUUUUCCCCCUUUCAAGGAUCACUUUGCUACUGAGAUAGCUUUUCUUAAAUGCCCA